AUGCUUCGAGCGUCUGCCUCCUUCCACCCGCGAUCCAAACCACUCUCGCUGGUGAAUACGCUGAGAAUAGCUAUGUCUCGUCGCUCUCAUACUCGCUCGCCGUCUCCUCGGGCCCCAAAACGCUCCAAAAUUGACCAUCUCACCAAAGAGGAUUUUAAAAAUGGAGUAUUUCUUGCACCGAUGGUGCGCUCUGGGGCUCUGCCCACCCGACUCUUUGCCCUCAAGCACGGAGCCAAUCUUGUCUGGGGCCCUGAGAUUGUUGACAAGGCCAUUCUACACGCAGAGAGAGUCGUUGACCCCGUAACCGGGGUGGUCUCUUACAAUGGCAAAUCCAAGGCGAUCUUCACCACCCACCCCAUCGAAAAGCCCUACUACAUCUUCCAAAUCGGCUCCGCAGACCCCGACCUCGCCGUGCAAGCCGCCCGAACCAUCAUGCAGGACAUUUCCGGCAUCGAUCUCAACUGCGGCUGCCCUAAACCGUUCUCGACUCACGCUGGGAUGGGAGCAGCGCUGUUGACCAACCCCGACCUCCUUUGCUCGAUUUUGACGGCACUCAGGGCAGCCAUGCCGCCCGAAAUCACGGUGACUGCGAAGAUUAGACUGCUUCCGUCGCAGGAGGACACCCUCAAACUGGUGGAAAGAAUCGUGAAUACGGGUGUCAGUGCUCUAACGGUUCAUUGCCGAACGAGGUCGAUGCGGGACAAGGACGCCGCGUUGGUUGGCCGGCUACGAGAAAUCGUCGAAUUCGUAGAGAAGAUGGGCAAAGGCAUUGCAGUUAUAGAGAACGGUGAUUGCACUGGAGCGGAGGAUGCUAAACGGAUUCGUGAGCUCACAGGCGCGCACUCUGUUAUGAUUGCACGGGCUGCAGAGUCUAAUCCAAGCUGCUUCUCUCCGAAACCUCUUAUUGAUGUGGAGAAAACGCUUUCGCCGGCGUAUAUCCGUUUGGCCCAAUACCUCGGCAACAACUGGAGUCUGACCAAGUUUUGUGUCUCGCAGUUCAAGGCCCAACACAUUACCUUUGGCAAAACCCUGCAAAAACAGUAUCGCGAGGCACUACACGCAGCAAAAGGGUUCGAUUCCGCGCUUGACGAGCUCGUGGGCUCGUGGACGGGCGAAGAAGACUUCAAAGAAAUUGUGCAAGUGAUAGAGGCGAGGGGGCCGCGGCUCAGACUGUUGGACGAUGAUGAAUCAGAAUAUGCGCCAAGUCCGCCAAUGUUAUUCACACCGCCUGACACGACAAAUCCCGAACCGCCGAGCUCUGGUGCGCCUUUGAUCCUAUUACGCCGACUCCGACUCCAACUCCUGUUCUUGCAUAGAUUUGGUAUAGUCCAGCAAUGUGGAGAGGAAGGGGGCAAGGAACCUACUAGUUAG